GGGCCAGAGGACCCAGUCAGAAGUUGACUAGCAAAGAUAUGACAGAAGCAGUGACCACUUGCCACCACCACAGCUGAACCUAGGAGGACACAGCGGUUUCUGAUAUAACUAUGCUCUAAAUUGCACUAACCCACAAUCAUCCACAAUAUCCGAAAAGCUACUACAAACCAACAUAUGCAAACUUGGACAUCAACGCAUAAUCACACUAGAUCAUACGAUUAAGCAGUCAAUUCUGAUCUUAAUCCGGCCGAAAGACUUCCAGAGUUAUUUUGCCUCCUCAACAAAUCAUUCAGCGUGUUCGAGAUCAGACUGGAUUCUCGUUCUGAACCGAAGACCACAGAGAAAGAAUCUCUAGUUCUUCUUUUCAUCUCACUACUAGAUCGAACCCCAAAUUGGAAGAACUAGAAUAUUCCACCUCUGUUGUCUUUCAAUCAUAUAUCCCAGAAAGUAGUACAACUGUUUAGUUUCUUCUUCAACAAUGGCUGCUGAUAAGGUGGUUCUUUUAAGCACAUGGGCUAGCAUGUUUGGGAUGAGGGUCAAGAUUGCACUAGCAGAGAAGGGUGUGGAGUACGAGUACAAGGAAGAUAGUUUGGCUAAGAAGAGCCCACUCCUUUUGAUGAUGAACCCAAUUCACAAGAAAGUACCCGUUCUCAUCCACAAAGGGAAACCGCUGUGCGAGUCCCUCAACAUUGUUCAGUACAUCGACGAGGUCUGGAAGGAGAAAUCCCCACUUUUUCCGUCCGACCCUUACGAGAGAACUCAAGCCAGGUUCUGGGCUGACUACGUCGACCAGAAGAUAUAUAGUGUUGGGAGGAGAGUGUGGACCACAAAAGGAAAGGAACAGGAAGUAGCUAAGGAGGAGUUCAUAAAUUGCUUGAAAGUGUUGGAAGGGGCACUUGGGGACAAGCCUUACUUUGGGGGUGAGGAAUUCGGGUUCGUCGAUGUGUCGCUCAUCCCUUUCUACAGCUGGUUCUAUGCCUACGAGACUUGUGGCAACUUCAGUAUAGAGGCAAAGUGCCCUAAGCUGAUUGCAUGGGCCAAUAGAUGCAUGAAGAGGGAGAGUGUCUCCAAGUCUCUCGCUGACCCCCAAAGGGUUUGUGACUAUGUUUUGCAGCUCAAAAAGCGGAUAGGGUAGAGUAAACAACAGGAGGUGGAUGGAGGUUGUGUCUUCCCAUGCAGUGUCUUGCUUUUUUUGUUGCUUUAAAUCUUAUGCUUUGGUGGUGGUUUUUAUUUCUGGGGUUAUGAGAGUUUGUGACUGGGAUUAUCUUUGGAAUCUGGAUAUGUACCAUCGUAAAAGUGGUAGUUGUGGGGAAGUGUGAAGCACAAAAGGAGAGGAACAAGAAGUAGCUGAGGAGUAACUGCGUUAAGGUGUUGAAAGGCGCAGUAAAGGAGAAACCAUGCUUUUUUCUUCUUUUUUGCUGUUGAUAACCAGUAGUUUGGAGGUCAUGAAUUUGGGUUCGUCAAUGUGGAGCUAAUUCCCGUUUGUUCUAUACCUAUGAGACUUGUGGCAACUUCAUCGAGGCAUUGUGCCCUAAGCUUGUUACAGAUGAAGAGUGUCUCCAAGUCUCUUCUUGAUCCACACAAGGUUUAUGACUUUGCUUUGCAGCUCGGAAAGAGGAGGGGAUUGAGUAGAUAAAUCGUAUGUGGAUGGAGGUUGGAUUUACCCAUGUAACGUCUUGCUCUUGCUUUAGAUUUUUCCUAUUUUGGUCGUUUGUUUUAAUUUUGAGAUUACGAGAGUUUGUGAAUUGAAUUUGCAUAAUAAAGGAGGGCAUAUAUUGUUAUACUAUUAUUUUUGGGAUCUGGAGGUGUAUCAUCGCAAAAGAUGUUCAUUUGUUGGAGCGCCUAUACAGAUGCAUAUUUCAUCUUUUUGCGACAUCA